AUGAGUGAGCUGAUAACAACAAAGCCCACCUCUGAAGACGUGCAGCAGCCAGUGAAGGGAUUCCUUGGACAAUUUGCCAUUGUGAAGCAAUGCACAGAGAAAAAUACAGGAAAGGAAUUUGCUGCUAAGUUUAUAAAAAAGCGUCAAAGUAUUGCCAGUUCUCGGGGAGUUCGGCUGGAGGAGAUACAGCGGGAAGUGCAGAUUCUACAGGAGAUUCAGCACCAGAAUAUUGUCACUCUACACGAUGUCUACGAGAACCGCACUGAUGUGGUUCUCAUCCUGGAGUUGGUCUCUGGGGGUGAGCUGUUCGACUUCUUGGCCCAGAAAGAGUCUCUCAGUGAAAACGAAGCAACCCAAUUCAUCAAGCAAAUCCUUGAGGGGGUGAACUACCUCCACUCCAAAAAAAUUGCCCACUUCGAUCUUAAGCCUGAAAACAUAAUGCUGCUUGAUAAGAAUGUACCAAUGCCAAGGAUUAAGCUCAUUGAUUUCGGUCUUGCCCACAAAAUUGAAGCCGGAGUGGAAUUCAAAAACAUCUUUGGAACCCCUGAGUUUGUUGCACCUGAGAUUGUCAAUUAUGAGCCAUUGGGUUUGGAAGCAGAUAUGUGGAGCAUUGGAGUCAUAACCUACAUCCUAUUGAGUGGUGCUUCUCCUUUCCUCGGUGAGACUAAACAGGACACAUUGAAGAACAUCUCAGCCAUAAAUUAUGAGUUUGAUGAUGAGUUCUUCUGCAACACCAGUAAACUGGCCAAAACGUUCAUCAGUCAUUUGCUGGAAAAGGACAAAAGGAAAAGACUAACAAUUAAAGAUGCUCUUAAUCACCCUUGGAUUAAGUCUAAUGAGCACAAGGAGGAGCAUAAAGGCCAAGACCUGCAAAAACGAGAGAGGCGCCAGCUCAAGACCAAGCGUUUGAGGGAGUACACUAUUAAGUCCCACUCAAGCAUGCCACCCAAUAACACCUAUGUAAACUUUGAGCGCUUUGCUCAAGUUGUGGAAGACAUUGAUCAAAUGGAACGGUCGUUCCUAAGCUUGGCAGCAUCCCAUGAUUCUCUGCAAGAAGAUAUUGAUGCUACAGUUUCUAUAUACAAUGAGAAAGAGGCUUGGUACAAGGAAGAGAGUGAAGGACUGCACCACGAGCUCUCGCAAAUCCGUUACGAGUUCCGUAAGGUGGAAUCCUUGAAGAGAAGUCUGCAGGACGAAAUGCAGACUUUUAGCUCCAGCCUGAGUGGCAUCAGCAGCCGCUACCAGGAACGGCAGAAUCAUUUUGAUGCACUCAACCAAGAACUUAGCAAUGAGCUGAAAUGGGUGCAGGAGGUCAUGGGUUCAUUUUCCACCGAAGGUGCUAGUUACCCCAACGUCAACUUUUCCACUGUCUUCAACAACGAGGUCAAUGAAGCUCUGAAAGAGUUGAUGAACCGCCCUUGUGAAGGAGAUCUGCUGUCUGGGAUCAACCUGGACUUAAACGAACCUGGCCAACAAAGAUAG